GAGAGCUCAGGCCUGUGUGCUCAUUACAGACUAUAGAACCAGAAUAACGCUCCACCUUCCUCCUUCACACCUCUGCAUCCUCCGAUUUGAUCUUUGGAAGACUCUGAGGAUUCUCUUCCCUCUCUCUCUAUUGCUUAUCCAGUUCCAGAUCCUCCUCCCACCUCAUCCCUUAACUGGGCCCCAAGAGCCCGGGUUCUGCCCGUCCUUGGGCCUUCUCACCCUGCCUCGCCCACCCCUACCGACCCUCAUGGUCAAGUUCCCAAGCACUGAAUCAACCAGGCUUUGGAAGGGCGCCUUAUCCCCACCCACAGAGGGGCCCCCAGUGCCUGCCUCCCUCUCCAUGGCCUCCGAGAGCCCCACGUGACUGAGGCAGAUGUUUCCUGCUCCCUGGGGAAUGCUGUGUCAGUGGCCAGGCAAGCCCCAGAGCUGACAUCUGCCGACCUGCCAUGGGCCCCCACCUGCUACCGCUGUUGCUCCUGGGACUGGCAGGUAAGGUUAGAAGGAGGUGCACUUGGGGCCCCCUACACUCCGCUCCAGGCCCAGGAAUAACCGGCGUUAUUGUGGCAACAAUAACAUAUGUAGGGCCCAGAAGGUGGACCUCUCCGUGCCUGUGCCCCUGUGGCAGUGGGUGGACUGGAAAGUUCCCGCAGCUCCUGCCCAGCCUUCCCAUGUCCUUUCCUUCCCUAGGCCAGGGCUCGGCGGGCACCUUCCCGGAGGUGCUGCAGGCCCCCGUGGGGGGCUCCAUUCUGGUGCAGUGCCGCUACGAGCCCCAGGACAUCAAGGCUCGGAAGGUGUGGUGCCGGUUCUUGCCAGAGGGGUGCCAGCCCUUGGUGUCCUCGGCUGUGGAUCGCAGAGGCCCUGGGGGCGAGCGCAUGUUUCUCACCGACCUGGGGGGCGGCCUGCUCCAGGUGGAGAUGAUUACCCUGCGGGAGGAGGAUGCUGGCGAGUAUGGCUGCGUGGUGGAGGGGGCCAUGGGGCCCCAGACGGUGCACAGAGUCGCUUUGGAUGUGCUCCCUCCAGCUCCUAGCCUGAAAGAGGAGGAGGAGACCUAUAAGGUUGGGAGUCUGGCUGACGGCCCCUCCUCAGACACUGUGGAUAGUGCCAGCCCUUUGGAACCCAGCCAGGAUAAGAGCAUCCCCUUGAUCUGGGGCGCUGUGCUCUUGCUGAGCCUGCUGGUGGUGGCAGUGGUGCUGUUUGCUGUGAUGGCCAAGAGGAAAGGAAACAGGCUUGGUGUCCGCGGCCAACCUCAGAGCAGUGGCAUUCCAGGCAUGGCCGCCUCCUCAGUGGCCCACCAUAUCAGUGACUCUGGACUGGGACUUGAUUUGCCAUCGGACAUUCCAUAUGCUAGGCUCGACUCGCCACCUUCCUUUGACAAUACCACCUAUAGCGUACCUCUUGAUCCCCCAUCAGAGAAAUCCCCACCCCCAGCCCAAUCCUCAUCGCCCCCUCUGCCUCCUAAGGUCCUAAUGUGCUCCAAGCCUGUGACAUAUGCCACAGUCAUCUUCCCUGGAAGGGACAAGGUUGGAGGGGCCUCCUGUGAGCCAGCCCAGGAUCCACCGAAUGGCCACAUGCCACCCAGCUAAGCUGUCCAUCAUGCCGUACACUCACGGAGACUAUCCCCAGAACUCUGUGCACCCAGCCAGCCAGCCCAUGCCCUAGACCCUUACAAUAUCAGAGCAGCUAGGGACCUUAGGUUCUAAUCUAAUAUCUUGACUUUUCUGACCUGGAGAGUGAGACUUAAAUGUGACUGAGGUGUCUUGGGAGUCCCCCAUGCUUGUUCCUCUGCCAUUUUACUACUGAGCUAAAUAAACUCUGAAUGGUAAUAUAUGAGCUCUUGAUGUUUGAGGGGGAAGGAAAGGGCCUGAGUUUGACUAUUCCCACGGCCUGGAAACUGAAGAUUCUGGUCCAGAGUUUGUGCUGCAUGAUCUGCUGCCUGUUCUGCCUGUAGGGACAUGGUUUCAUUCUCUGGUCAGAAUACUGUGAUGCAGUUUGAUUCAAGGGGCACUAAAAACACUUCUUCAAAAGUAUUUCCUGCCUUUCUCAUGGUACCUAAAUUAUAGAUCCAUUAGCUUAAGUCUAGAGAUCUCUUCUGCCUUCUGCUCUGCACCUUGUAAACAAAUGGCAUCUUCUGAUGUGACAACAUGACGGGAGGAAGGGGAUAAUGUGAGUGAAAGGAGACUCAGGACAGUUGGGGUGAGAGAGAUGGAGCUGAAAAGAAAUAGGAGGGAUGUUAAGGGAACAA